AUGGUUGCUGCCGGUGACAGUGCUGGCCCUGGCUCGGGCUUGGACAUUUCGUAUGGAAAGCCUGGAUACAAAGGGCUUGUAGAACAACCAUUUCUACUAUUUCUAUCCUUGUUCGCGAGCAUCGGAGGUGUUCUCUUCGGGUAUGACCAAGGAGUCAUCAGUGGGAUUUUAGUGAUGAACAACUUCGCCAAGGAAUUUCCCACACUGGCCAACAAUUCGACACUCCAAGGUUGGUUGGUGUCUGUUCUCACAUUGGGUGCCAUGUUUGGUGCCUUGGUCAACGGCCCCAUCGCGGAUCGUCUCUCUCGACGUUGGUCUAUCCUUCUCGCCAAUAUCAUCUUCCUUAUCGGAUCCAUUAUCCAAGCUGCAUCGGUCAAUAUACCAAUGAUCUUUAUCAGUCGAUUUAUUGCAGGGCUGGCUAUUGGUCAGCUCUCAAUGGUAGUUCCUCUUUAUAUCAGUGAGCUAGCACCGCCCAAUCUUCGGGGUGGGCUUGUUGCUCUACAGCAAUUUGCAAUUACGGGUGGUAUUAUGAUAGCCUUCUGGUUGAAUUUCGGAACCCAGCAUAUCGGUGGAACAGGGGACGGGCAAUCAUCCGCUGCAUGGCGCUUUCCUCUCGCUCUGCAAUGUUUAUUUUCGUUAAUUCUGGGAUUUGGAACAUUUUUCCUGCCAUACACUCCCCGCUGGCUGGUGAUGAAGAACAGAGAAGAUGAAGCAAUGGCAACGCUCUCCCGCGUGCGUCGUGUCCCUAGAAGCGACAACCGCAUCGUCAAGGAAAUGCUCGAGAUCAAGGCGUCAGCGAUGUUCGAUGAUGAGACAACCGCCGCCAUGUUUCCAGGAAUCACCUCUCCUAUUCGUCUAAGCUACGAAAGAUACAAAUCCCUUUUUACCUUUCGUCAUUUGAACCGCCGGCUCUUGGUUGCUUGCCUCCUUCAAUUGAUCCAGCAGUUCACAGGGAUCAAUGCUAUCAUCUAUUACGCACCUCAGAUCUUCGGGAAGAUAGGCUUGUCCGGUAGCUCUGUGGAUCUCCUCGCGACCGGUGUAAUUGGGAUUUUGAACUUCCUCUGCACCAUCCCGGCAAUCAUGUACAUGGAUCGCUGGGGUCGCAGAAAGGUCCUGCUUGCAGGUGCCGCCGGCAUGGGCAUCUCCCAGCUCAUAGUAGCCACCCUCUAUGCCGUAUACAAGAGCUCCUGGGCCAGCAACAGGAGUGCUGGCUGGGCCACCGCAGUGUUUGUAUGGCUGUACGUAUGCAACUUUGCGUAUAGCAUUGGCUGCGUGAACUGGGUCAUCCCCUCCGAAAUCUUCCCACCUGGAGUCCGAUCUCAAGCUGUUGGUAUUGCGAUCGGUACAAAUUGGUUGAGUAAUUUCAUUGUGGCGCUUAUUACGCCUCGAAUGCUAGAGUCGAUUGAAUUCGGCACUUUUUACUUCUAUCUGGCCUUUUGUGUCUUUCUAGCGAUCUGGGUGUACUUCUUCCUCCCAGAAACAAACGGUGUGCCCAUUGAAGAAAUGGAUAAGAUUUUCGGCGGCAGCCAGGGGGAACAGGACGCGAUACGCCUGGCGAAUAUUUACAGCCAGCUUGGUGUUGGCACUGGCUUUGAUGGGAAGCAAGAGAAGGACACUGACAGUCAUGUGGAAAAUAUUGAGGAACCAUGA